UUUUUAGGCCCACACGGCGAUCGACUCGCGUCUUCGCCUCACUCCGCCGCCACGUCACCGGAUCCCCCACGCCUCGCUUCCCCCACCGCGUAUGCCGCCGCCGGCGAGGAGCCCGGCCGCCGGCGUGCGGAGGCGAGGCGCGCUCCUCCCCCUCGCUUUCCUCCUCCUCCUCCUCCUCCUGCUGCUGCACCUGACCUCCUCGCCUGCCCGCUCCCCCAACUCCCCGCUGCUCCGCGGCUCCGGCGACGGGGAGCCCCGGCAGCGCGGGCCCUGCGACUACGCGUCCGGCGAGUGGGUUCCCGACGACGACGAUCCCGCGGUGUCCGGCGGCCUGAGGUACGACCAGACGUGCAGGGAGAUCUUCAAGGGGUGGAACUGCCUCGCCAACGGGAAGCGCAACGGCCGGGAGCUGCUCCGAUGGCGGUGGAGGCCACGCGGGUGCGAGCUCCCCAGGCUCGACCCGCUCCGUUUCCUGGAGUGCCACAGGAACACCAGCAUUGGAUUUGUGGGUGAUUCAUUGAACCGGAAUAUGUUUGUCUCGUUGGUCUGCAUGCUUAGGGGGGCGAGUGGGGAGGUUCGCAAGUGGCGUCCUGCAGGAGCAGACCGGGGUUUCACAUUCCUGCGCUAUAACCUCACCCUCGCAUACCACAGGACUAAUCUUUUGGUACGCUAUGGUAGGUGGUCAGCCAGUCCAAAUGGGGGUCCCCUAGAAUCUCUUGGAUACAAGCAAGGCUACAGAGUAGACGUUGAUAUUCCUGACCAAACAUGGGCAGAGGCACCAAGCUUCCAUGAUGUUCUUAUUUUCAACACAGGGCAUUGGUGGUGGGCCCCUUCAAAAUUUAAUCCAGUACAGUCACCAAUGCUAUUCUUUGAGAAGGGGAUUCCAGUUAUACCUCCUUUAUUGCCACCUGCAGGACUGGAUUUGGCUCUUAAACACAUGAUAAUAUUUGUGAACAAAGCAAUGAGACCCAAUGGGGUGAAACUCUUCCGCACUCAAUCUCCUAGGCAUUUUGAAGGUGGUGACUGGAAUGAAGGUGGAUCUUGUCAACGUGACAAGCCCUUGUCUGCAGAAGAGGUUGAGGAACUUUUCUCUUUGGACAACAAUGGCACAAACGUAGAAGCACGCUUGGUAAACCAGCACUUGGUGAGGGCUCUUGAAAAGUCUACUUUCAAUGUUCUGAAUAUAACUGGAAUGAGUGAAUUCAGAGCUGAUGCUCAUCCUUCAACAACUGGUGGGAAGAAGCAUGAUGAUUGCAUGCAUUGGUGUUUGCCAGGGCCAACAGAUACAUGGAACGAUUUGCUAGCAGCAAAUCUAUUGGCGACUGAGAGUUAGUUUGACAAAACGUUGAGACUCUUUUGCUUGAGAAAUUCUCCCGAGAUUUUUGUGGGUUGUGAACAUGAUGAAGCAUCGAUCGUUGCACAGCAUUGUUUUGAUCAAAGCUUAUUCACGGCAGCUUCUUCAUAUAGGCAUUAGAGUAUUGAGCAUUAGACAAUGUAAAGUUAACUUCAUUUUUGUGUCAUUGUGUGUGUGUUUUGGGCGGUGGGUGAGGUACUUCUGUUCAAAUUUGUCCUAGAGUUUGGAUAGUGAUUCUGUCCAUCUGUAAACUGCUUCCUAAACUACUAAACGGUGUAUAUUUUUGCAAAAAAAUUAUAUACGAAAGUUGCUUUGAAAAAUCA